AUGGAAGACGACACGCAUAACAAUGAAAACACAGAGAUCGAUGUAGCUGAGGCACCGACGGCUAAGGACCAGCAUGUUGCUGCUGCUUCCUCGGACGAGACCGAGGAGUCUGGACCAGUUGCUGACGAGCAAACAGAGCCGAGUGAGAGCAAGGAGGAAACUCCGACGGCUAAGGACGACGGGGAUGAGGUGAAACCAGCCGAACCCACGGCUGAGAGCGUCCAAGACAAGGCAGAGGUACAAGCUUUACCCAUCCGCGCAUACUUGGAUCAGACAGUAGUGCCAAUUUUGCUGCAGGGCAUGUCAGCGCUUGUAAAAGAGCGUCCACCGAAUCCAAUCGAGUGGUUGGCAUCCUAUCUCAUCAAGAACAACCCACAAAACACUAAUGCAGAAAGCGAAGCGAAGUGA